AUGUCGACACCUACGAGGACACUGGGCCGCAACGGUCCCCAGGUCACAGCUAUCGGGUUCGGCGCAAUGAGCAUUGGUGGCGCGUACGGCCAAAAGGACACCGAAGCGGAAAAGCUGGCCGUUCUUGACCGUGCUCACGCAAUUGGAGAGCGGUUCUGGGAUACCGCCGACGUGUACUUCGACAGCGAGGACAUCAUUGGCAAAUGGUUCGAGCAAAACCCAGAAAAGCGCAAGGAUAUCUUCCUGGCAACGAAGUUCGGGUUGCAGUUUACCGAAGACUUCCAGCAAAGCGAGAGUUCGGACCCAGAGUACAUCAGGGAGGCGUGCGAGAGGAGUCUCAAGAGGUUGGGUGUCGAGACAAUCGAUCUGUACUAUUGCCAUCGGGUCAACAGGGAGACACCCAUCGAGACAACCAUCCAAGCUCUUGUGGAGUUGAAGAAGCAAGGCAAGAUUCGAUACAUUGGGCUCUCGGAGGUCUCACCAACGACUCUUUGUCGCGCAUGUGCCGUCCACCAAGUCUCGGCGCUGCAAGUCGAAUAUAAUCCCUUUGUGCUGGACAUUGAGAAGAACGACCUGCUGCGCACGUGUCGGGAGCUUGGUGUCGCCGUCGUCGCCUACUCCCCUGUUGGGCGGGGUUUCUUGACCGGACAGAUCAAGGCCCUGGAUGACCUGCCGGCCAAUGACUUCCGUCGCUUGGCGCCCAAGUACUCGCCAGAGAACUUUGUGAAGAUCAUGAACCUUGUGCACAAAUUCCAGGCUGUGGCAAAGAACCACGGAGCCACGCCCGCACAAGCCUGUAUCGCCUGGCUGAUGACGCAAGGGGAAGAUAUCAUCCCAAUCCCCGGCACGAGAACGACCAAAUAUCUGGAGGAGAAUACUGCCGCAGCUAGUCUGAAGUUGACUGGACAGGAGGUCCAGGAGCUGAGGGCGGCGGUCGAUGCAAGUGAGAUCCCGGGUGACCGAUAUCCAGCCAUGUGA